AUGUGCUCGUAUACAAAAGCUGGAACUGGUGAAGAGUCAGGUGCUCAAGUUGCACCUCAGGAAAGAGAAGUCUUACCAACAAACAUCAAGCCUUUACAUUAUGAUUUAACCUUGGAGCCAAACUUCGAUACUUUUAAAUUCAGCGGUGUGGAAACAAUUGAUUUCCAAGUUAACGAAAGAACCGAUUUCAUCACUUUGAACUCCUUGGAGAUUGAAAUCCAUGAAGCUAAACUUGACGAUGUACCAAUUAAGGACAUUAUUUUUGAUACUGCAAAGCAAACGGUUACUUUUAAGUUGCCAGACCAUUUGGUAAAAGGCGCUGUUGCUAAAUUGCACUUGAAGUUUACUGGGGAAUUGAACAAUAAGAUGGCUGGGUUCUAUAGGUCCUCGUAUCAAGAAGAUGGCAAGACUAAAUACUUGGCAACUACCCAAAUGGAACCUACUGACUGCCGUAGAGCAUUUCCCUCAUAUGACGAACCGUCGGCUAAAGCCAAAUUCACAAUAUCUUUGGUUGCUAACAGAGAUUUGGUUUGUUUAUCAAAUAUGAACGAAAAGGAAACUAUUUUGUUAUCUGAUUAUAAAAAAAAGGUUGUCUUCAACACAACCCCAUUAAUGUCAACUUACUUGGUUGCAUUCAUUGUCGGUGAUUUGAAGUACGUUGAGAAUAACAAUUAUCGAGUCCCAAUCAGGGUCUAUGCAACUCCAGGCUCUGAACAUUUGGGUCAGUACUCAGCUGAUAUUGCUGCUAAAACUUUGGCGUUUUUUGAUAAAAAAUUCGAUAUUCCUUACCCAUUGCCUAAAUGUGAUAUGGUUGCAAUUCAUGAUUUCUCAGCAGGUGCCAUGGAGAAUUUCGGUCUAGUCACUUACAGAACAGUUGACUUGUUGAUUGAUCCUGAAAACACCAAUGUCAAUACUAAACAAAGAGUUACUGAAGUAGUGAUGCAUGAAUUGGCCCACCAAUGGUUUGGUAAUUUGGUUACUAUGGACUUUUGGGAUGGUUUAUGGUUAAAUGAAGGUUUCGCGACUUGGAUGUCCUGGUAUGCUUGCGAUUCGCUUUACCCAGAUUGGAAAGUUUGGGAAUCCUAUGUUUCUGACUCUUUGCAACACGCAUUAACUUUGGACGCAUUAAGAGCGUCACAUCCUAUUGAAGUGCCUGUUAAAAGAGCAGACGAAAUUAAUCAAAUUUUUGAUGCUAUAUCGUAUUCAAAGGGCUCAUCAUUGUUAAAGAUGAUCUCAAGAUGGUUGGGCGAAGAUACAUUCAUCAAGGGAGUGUCAAACUAUUUGAAAAAGCACAAAUGGGGAAAUACACAAACAUCUGAUUUAUGGGAAGCUUUAAGCGAGGUAUCGGGUAAAGAUGUCGUUAAGGUGAUGGAUAUUUGGACCAAGAAUAUCGGUUUCCCAAUUGUCAAAGUUGAAGAAAAUGAAAAUGGCGAGAUUACAGUAACACAAAAUCGUUUCUUGGCUACUGGUGACGUUAAGCCAGAGGAAGACAAGGUAAUAUACCCGGUAUUUUUAGGCUUAAAGACAAGUAAAGGUAUUGACGAAUCUUUGGUGUUGGAUGAAAGAUCAAAGACUUUUAAAUUGCCAACUGACGAUGGUUUCUUCAAAAUCAAUGGCGAUCAAGCAGGUAUUUACCGUACAGCUUAUGAUUCUUCAAGAUGGACUAAACUAGGAGCAGCUGGUGUUGAAGGGAAACUCUCAGUUGAAGAUCGUGUUGGUUUAGUUGCCGAUGCUGGUUCUUUGGCAUCUUCUGGGUUUAUCAAAACUUCAAGUUUAUUAGAUUUGGUCAAAUCAUGGUCAAGAGAAUCCAACUAUGUUGUGUGGGACGAAAUUUUGACCAGAAUAGGUUCCAUUAAAGGUACAUUGAUGUUUGAAGAUGAAGCUACUAAUGAUGCUUUGAAAGCAUUUACCCGUGAUUUGAUUAGCACUAAAUUGAAUGAAAUUGGAUGGGAAUUUAACGAUUCUGAUUCAUUUGCUGAUCAGCAACUAAAAUCUUCCCUUUUUUCUUCAGCUGCGAAUGCCGAUGACGAGAAAGCUAUUGCAUAUGUUAAGGAAUCAUUUGAGAAGUAUAUACAAGGCGAUAAAAAAGCCAUUCAUCCAAAUUUGAGAGCUACUAUUUUCAACAUCAGUGCUAAACAUGGGGACGAAACUACUUUUGAUGAACUUUUUAAAAUUUAUAGAAAUCCUCAAUCUAUUGAAGAAAAGAUUGCGGCAUUGCGUUCCUUGGGAAGAUUCACCAAACCCGAAAUAAUGGACAAAGUUGCUGACCUUCUCUUACAAACAAAUAUUAUUAAGCAACAGGAUAUUUAUAUCCCAAUGCAAGGCUUGAGAGCUCACAAAGGAGGUGUUGAGAGGUUAUGGAAAUGGUUAACGGAUAAUUGGGAUAAAGUUUACGAAUUGUUACCACCUGGAUUAUCUAUGUUGGGAUCUGUUGUUACCUUGGGAACUUCUGGAUUCACCACCGAAGAACAGAAACAAAAUGUUGAAAAGUUCUUUAGUACCAAAGAUACAAAGGGCUAUAAUCAAGGUUUGGCUCAAUCGUUGGAUAUUAUUACCGCUAAGAGUAAAUGGGCUAAGCGUGACUCAAAGGUGAUCAACGAAUGGCUCUCUGCCAAUGGAUAUACCAAAUAA